GGCCAAUACCGAUCCACGUUUGUUCCACGUCACGUAGAAUGAGUCGCAUCCGGGUGAGGACUUUAGGGUUUCCAUUUGAAGCUGCUGGCUCUCGGUCUUCGGUAUGUACGGAUCGUUUCGGGUGUUGUUGCAGGUGCUGUGGGCCCAGCUGCUCUGUGGCUGGGUGCUAGGCUCCGAGCUAACCUUUGAGCUGCCGGACAAUGCCAAGCAGUGUUUCUACGAGGACAUCACUAUCGGCACCAAGUGUACGCUGGAGUUUCAGGUUGUCACCGGUGGGCAUUAUGAUGUGGACUGUCGUUUGGAGGACCCGGAUGGCACUACCCUUUACAAGGAGAUGAAAAAGCAAUAUGAUAGCUUCACCUUCACAGCAGCCAAAAACGGCACCUACAAGUUCUGCUUCAGCAAUGAAUUCUCCACCUUCACGCACAAGACGGUUUAUUUUGACUUCCAGGUCGGCGACGACCCUCCCCUCUUUCCUAAUGAGAACAGAGUCACUGCUUUGACUCAGAUGGAAUCAGCCUGUGUGUCCAUCCAUGAGGCUCUGAAGUCAGUUAUCGACUACCAGACACACUUCCGCCUCCGUGAGGCACAGGGACGCAGUCGGGCUGAGGACCUCAACACCCGCGUUGCCUUCUGGUCCAUCGGAGAAGCCCUUAUCCUUCUGGUAGUCAGCAUCAGCCAGGUUGUCCUGCUGAGAAGCUUCUUCUCUGACAAGAAGACGACUACGACGCGCGUCGGAUCGUAACAGUUUAUCACCAGUUUCUUUAUUUGUUCCUUGGCUCUUGUGCACGGAGUGGGUAAGAACAGCAGUUCUGAUCUGAAGUUACAUCAUAUCAGUCUGACUUGUCAUGCUCAUUCAGCACUGCUGUUUUUAGGAACUUAAUGCAAAUUCUAGAAAAAAGUUGUGUGUGAUUAAAGAAAAACAGAUGGAAGGCUUGAUUGUGUUGCUUGUGACUAUUUAUACUGGAAGUAGUUCAAGCACAAGUCAUUUAGUCAAAGCAAGCCUUAUGUAAUUUGAAUAUUUGAAAUAAUUUCUAAAUGUGUUGUUAUUUUAUUUGUUAUUUUCUGCCCGCCCGUCAUCUUAAACCAUCUUUCCCCAGUCUGCUCCAUUUUUCAACCCCGACUGUGCUCUGGAAUAAGGCGGAGGAAGCUGAGAAGCUAAGGUUAUUUUUCCUUAUCGUCAGAGCUCUGGGUUUCAAAAAACCCACUCACUGUGUAAAGGGGGCUACGCCACAAAGUUGUAUUUGUCUAUGAAAAGUCUGUUGCAGUUUUCUUUAACAUAAAACCUCACUGUAUUAAGUGAGAAAGAGUAGAUACUGUGCUUGCUUUUAUCAGCUUUGUCAUUUUAGAUGAGUAGGUACAAGGGCAAAUGUUGUACAGAGAGUAAACCAUCCUCUAAUGUUAGCUUGAAAUUAUUGUUCAGAAGUUAAAGGACUGAAGUCAGAGAUGCUGACAAUUUCCCUUGAGUCACCCAUUUGCUCUUAUUAUACAUCUGGGUGGAGGAAUGGCUCAGUUUGACCACACUGAGGUGAAUUAUAAUAUGCUUACAAUGUAUGGGGCUCCUUUAUACAUCUGUGUGGGAGACAAAAAAAGAAAAACUAAAAUUCCUGUAUUAGAAAAUGGCAUUUUGUGUGUUGGGUGAUAUUGCCAACUGUUUUAACUGCACCAGCCUUUAUUUUUUUCCUGGCUCCUUGCAAUCUCAUAUGUAGUUUUGCCUUUGCCGUUUAAAAAUAUAACAACUUAUUUAUGUCGUGGGACUGUCCUUUUUGUUUUUAUACAGCGCUGUUGUAAAAAUGUAUCUUGUGUCGCAAAGUAUUGCUUCAAUACAAGGUCAAUCUGGUCACUUUGAGUUGACGUUUGCUGUCUUAUCCCCUUCUUUCAUUAACAAAUACAGAAAGGAAAUUUUAUUCUUAAAAUUUUCAUUACUCAUUAUCGUCUAUUCAACUCAGUACUCAGUGUGGGUCGAUCUCUUUACGACUCGCACAUAUGUAACAAAAAUUUAGCAUCUACGCACAGAAAAAUUUUAUUCCUUAAUAUCACUGAGCCAUUUAGAUUUUUUUUUAUUCUGUUUUGCAGAGUCUGUAUCAACUCAUUAAAAUCAAGUAACACCCUUUAUUAUUAUUCAUUCAGCAAUACAUUAUUUGUGGUUUGGCUGUGCUUCUUGUGUUAUUCUUUCUCCACUCACCAUAUUUGUGUCGUCUGUCUUGGUACACGGUGCAGUAUGUUGGUAUUUUCUUCAAGUUUGAACACACUUUUGGAUACAGAUUCAGCUCUGGGGAACUUGUUAAGUUAUUGGGAUGGCUGAAUAAAUUUUCUGUUUAAAUGUU